AUGUACAGAAUUGUAAAAGCGGGUGUAGCUCGCGGUAGCGCUGAUGAAGUUCGCGCGUCACUUUGUCCGAUCGUCCUCCCAAUCGAAAUGAGUGGAACCAAAAUCAUUGGUGCUCUCGUAGGAUCAUUUGUACUUGCAUUCACAUGCGAUUAUAUUAUCGCUGACAAGAAGAUUUUCGGAGGUACCACUCCAUCUACGGUUUCAAACAAGGGAUGGUGGGAAGAGACCGACAAGAAAUUCCAGGCAUGGCCUCGGACUGCGGGCCCACCCGUGGUGAUGAAUCCAAUCAGCCGCCAAAAUUUCAUUGUCAAGGCUCAUGAUUAAAAUUUAAAAAUCCUAAAUUUGGUGAAUUUUUACCUCAUGGUUGGUUGAACUUUCUUUGUUGUGUCAUUACUAAUUUUAGUCCAUGAGAAUUUUAUAUUUUUGCUAAUACUUUGUAAACCAAGCAUUUUGAUGCUGCAACUUGAAGUUUUAAUAAAUUGUUGAUUGGUUUGUUUGCUUUAGUGCUUCGUUCUACAACCAAAAUUUGCAAAUGUUGUAUCUGUAAUGUGUUUAAUGAGUUGAAACUUGUCUUUUUAAUAAAUUGGUUGAAAG